GCUCGGGGGCGGGGCUUUCUUUCUGAGGGGGGACGUGAGCUGAGUGAUGAGAGAGUUCACGAGGGUAAAUAAAUCAUUGUGUGUCAUUUUUCUGUUGAGUUUAUCGAUCAUUCUGAUUUCCCAAUAAGUUCUCGUCAUCUGGUGCAACUCUGAGCGUUUCUGGAGGAUUUUAUUCGGUCAGAGGGUUUGAAAAGCGGUCACAAGUGAACGGGCUGAUCGGGAGGAGCAAAGGCAAGAUGGGUGCUGGAGAUGGUUUUCGUGCCCCAGUCGCUCUGAUCAUUGCCGGGUUAUUGAGUGCUCUGGGCGUCCCGUGGUUCUGGAGUUUGGUGUCUCUUCUAGGAGUUUAUUUAUGUUCUGGGGGAUGGAGGUUUGUUUAUGUGGCCGUGCGCACUGCGAAGAGAGACCUCAUUGGUCUGCAAGUGUUACUGCGCGUCAAGUUCUACAUGCGUCAGUACAUCCGCAAUCGCAGCACCAUCCCGUCUCUAUUCGCCCAGCGGGUGGCGCUGCACCCGGAGAAAGCGGCGCUGGUGGACGAGUCGUCAGGUGAGGUGUGGAGCUUCUCAGAGCUGGACCGGCGCUCCAACGCAGUGGCGCAGUGGGUGCUGGCGCAGGGCUGGCGGUCGGGUGAUGUGGUGGCCAUCUUCAUGGAGAGUCGCCCCCAGAUGGUGGCGCUGUGGCUCGGGAUGGCUAAAGUAGGAGUGGAGCCGGCGCUCAUCAACUUUAACCUGCGCCGUGAUUCGCUGAUACACUGCAUGGGCGUGUCUGGGGCGUGUGGGAUGGUGUUCGGGGCGGAGCUUUUGGAUGUGGUGCUGGAGGUGAGGGAGUCUCUGCGCAGUCUCUCGCUCUUCUCCUGUGGUUCUGCUCCUGCAGAGAUGCUGGACUCGCUGUCGGCUGCAGAUCUGGACGCUCUUCUUUCCAAAUCUCCUGAAACACCACCCGCUGUCGCACACAACAAGGGCUUCAACGACAGGUUAUUUUACAUCUACACCUCAGGAACGACGGGUUUACCUAAAGCUGCCAUCGUGGUGCACAGCAGGUAUUACCGUAUUGCUGCGUUCAGUUAUUACUCCUUCGGUCUGCAGCCGGAUGAUGUGGUGUACUGCUGUCUGCCGCUCUAUCACUCAGCAGGGAACAUCAUUGGUGUUGGUCAGUGUUUGCUGCACGGCCUGACGGUGGUCAUCCGGAGGAAGUUUUCUGCCAGUCGUUUCUGGGAUGACUGUGUGAAAUACAACUGUACGGUUGUUCAGUAUAUUGGUGAAAUCUGCCGUUAUCUCCUCUCUCAGCCGGUGCGUCCGUCGGAGUCUCUGCACCGGGUGCGUGUUGCCAUGGGCAAUGGUUUGCGGCCUAACGUUUGGGAAUCGUUCAUGAAACGCUUCAGUGUCAAGCGCAUCGGUGAGUUUUACGGAGCCACAGAGUGCAACUGCAGCCUCGCCAACAUGGACAACAAGGUGGGUGCGUGUGGCUUCAACAGUGUGGUUCUGCCCAGUGUUUACCCUAUCAGACUGCUGAGGGCAGACGAGGACACUAUGGAGUUAAUUCGAGACAGUAGAGGACUGUGUGUGCCAUGCAAACCUGGAGAACCCGGGAUUAUUGUGGGCAGAAUAAAUCCUCAAGAUCCUCUGCGACGAUUCGAUGGCUAUGCGAAUGAAGAGGCCACCAGUAAGAAGAUCAGCCACAACGUCUUCAGAAAGGGAGAUUCGGCGUAUGUGUCAGGUGAUCUGAUGGUGAUGGAUGAGUUGGGUUAUGUGUAUUUCCGGGAUCGAGGCGGAGACACAUUUCGCUGGCGGGGGGAAAACGUCUCCACCACAGAAGUAGAGGGAGUCCUGAGUGCACUGCUGAAGCAGACGGAUGUGGCUGUGUAUGGAGUCUCAGUGCCAGGUGUGGAGGGGAAGGCAGGAAUGGCUGCUAUUGCAGAUCCAGAGAAUGUCUUCGACUGUGAGACGUUUCUGCGGGACGUCCAGAACGCUCUUCCUUCAUACGCUCGACCUGUUUUCUUAAGACUUUCACCUGAAGUGGACAAAACAGGCACAUUUAAAAUCCAGAAAACCCGCUUACAGAAGGAGGGAUUUGACCCUCAUCAGACCGCAGACCGGCUCUUCUUCCUCAACAGUCGUCAGGGUCGAUAUGAGAGUCUGACAGAGGAGCUCCACAGCGCCAUCAUGCAGGGAAAAGUAUCUCUAUAAGAACUACAGAGAGUCUUUAAUGUGCAAAUGUCCUAAUGCAAGUGUCUUUGUUUUACAAAAUCUCAAAUAACUGCCCUAAAACCAAGCUCAAAACUAAACUACUGAGUUAGUGCUUGAAACUACUAGCUAAGAAAUGAAUGUCUUUGUGUUUUUUACUCUGUUUUAUUGGAGAUAAGUCCAUGUCUUUAUUUGAGGACAUCAGUUGCAGCAAAUUAAUUACUUUUUUUAUUCUGUGUAACAUGUUUAUUGAAUGUUUUGGUUAGAAACAAGGUAAGAUUUUUAAGUAAUGUUGUUUUAUUAAUACCAAUGCAUUAAUGCAGCUGCACUGCA